CAACCUCAUUUCCAUCAUUCAUCAAACCAUAGCAAUGGCAUCAUCAGCAGCACUUUCGACUCUCCUUGUAGUUCUGUUUUUCCUCUGUUCAAGAUUCUCAUCAUGUGCAACAACAAACCCGAUGAACUCCCCGAGACUGACGGCGGAGAGGCUCAUAAGAUCCCUUAAUCUGUCCCCAAGGGAAGCUGUGAACAUUGAUCACAGGGACUCAAUGGGUCCAGCUUCUGCACCAUCAGGUCCCAGGCUUGUGGAGUGGAGCUUCACUUUCCCAGGUCUGAGGGUGCAUGAAUCUCCUAAUUUGGAUUCUGGAGAGGCAACUCUCCAGAAUCUCGGUCACCAUGCUGGGUAUUUCAGGCUCCCUCAUACCCAUUCUGCUAGAAUGUUCUACUUCUUCUUCGAGUCACGAGUAAGCAAAGACGACCCUGUUGUGAUUUGGCUGACGGGGGGCCCCGGCUGCAGCGGUGCAUUGGCACUGUUCUAUGAGAACGGUCCUUUCCACAUUUCCUCCAACUUGUCUCUUUCAUGGAAUGACUAUGGUUGGGACAAGGUAUCAAACAUCAUUUUCGUCGACCAGCCAACUGGAACCGGAUUCAGUUACUCCUCUGACCCAUCCGACUUGCGGCAUAACGAGGCAGGCGUGAGCAAUGACUUGUAUGACUUCUUGCAGGCCUUUUUCAAUAAACAUCCGGAGUUGGUAAAGAACGACUUCUUUAUUACCGGAGAAUCGUAUGCAGGGCACUACAUUCCUGCUUUGGCCACUCGGAUAAACAAAGGGAACAAGGCAAAAGAGGGGAUUCAUAUAAACCUGAAGGGUAUUGCUAUUGGAAAUGGCCUAACAAAUCCUGAGAUCCAAUAUGCAGCGUACGCGGACUAUGCUCUGAGCAUGAAACUGAUCGGGCAAUCUGAUUAUGAUGAUAUAAACAGUCAAGCUCCUUCUUGCAAGCAGGAGGCACAAGAUUGCCAAACCAGUGAAGCUGCUUGCGAUGAAGCAUACGAGGAGUGCCAAAACAUUUUCUCCUCAAUCCUCAAUGCUGCUGAUGGAGAUCUAAAUUACUAUGAUAUCCGGAAGAAGUGUGAGGGAAGCCUGUGCUAUGACUUCUCUGCCCUGGAGACAUUCCUGAAUGAGAAGUCGGUCAGAGAAGCACUCGGAGUUGGGGACAUAGAGUUUGUGUCCUGCAGCUCCAAGGUCCAUAUCUCCAUGAUAUCAGACUUGAUGAAGAACCUAGCGGUCGGCAUCCCUGCUCUUCUCGAGGAUGGCAUCAGGGUUCUCAUAUAUGCCGGGGAAUAUGACCUUAUAUGCAACUGGCUCGGGAAUUCGAAGUGGGUCCAUGCAAUGCAGUGGUCGGGUCGGAAAAAUUUUGUAGCGGCCUCUACUGUUCCAUUUGUGGUCGAUCGUGCAGAAGCAGGACUUCUCAAGAGCCAUGGUCCACUUUCUUUCAUGAAGGUUCGUAAUGCGGGUCACAUGGUCCCGAUGGACCAGCCAAAGGCUUCUCUCCAGAUGCUGCAGAGUUGGAUGAAGGGAAGGGUUUCUAUAGCUGUUUCCAAGAGUGUCACAUCUCCUCUUUGAAGAUGCUGCACAAAGGGCAUGAAGUUCGUUUCCAAACACCUAACAGAAUUCUGAAGAACUCCACAUAUGAUGAUAUGGUAUCGCGACAGCACAUCAAAUUGUGGUUGUUUGCGUUCCUCAAGCAUGAACCCAUCCAAAUUCUUCUGCAAGAUUGGAUAUUUCCAUAGGAAAAGGUUUAUAGAAAAAGAAAAUAAGGAAAGAACAUACUGUUUGAUUCUAUUCAUUUGAUGAGAGUUUCUCUCGGUGAAGUAUCUGUUCUGCAUU